AUGGCACUGUCCGAGAAGGAAGCUGCCAAUCAUCGAAGGUUUGGAUACUGUGUAGAUAAACAUCUGAUGCCGAUGUUUGCUGAUGAUGCCAAACUAGGAGGAGCUGUGGACUCCCUCGAGGGUAGAGAGGCCUUACAGAGAGAUCUGGAUAGACUAGGGAGCUGGGCAAUCGCCAACCGUAUGAUAUUUAACAAGAGCAAGUGCUGCAUUCUGUACCUGGGAUGGGGUAAUCCUGCUUAUACAUACAAAUUGGGGGACGAGAGGCUGAAGGGCAGCCCUGCAGAAAGAGAUCUGGAGGUUUGGGUUGAUGGGAAGUUGAGUAUGAGCCAACAGUGUGCCCUGGCAGCCAGAAGGGCCAACAUCAGACUAUUAGAGUGUGUCCAGAGGAUGGUAGCAGCUGCUGGAGGACAUCUGAAAUUUAUAGUUUCCUAUGACUUCACAGAGGAAGAUGAGACAGUUCAUUUGAUGGUUCAAUCUGAUGUCAUCAUAGAGGGAGGUGGCUUGAGAAUCAGCACUCCAGAAGGGGGGAUUCACCUGCAGCCUUACGAAGAGCAUACUGAAGAAAUUGUGCUGAAACCAGAAUCUUUCUCUGUGCAUGGCACUGAUGUUCCAGUCAGCAGGAGGGAGUUCAUGACUGUCCUUGCAGACGUGAAGAGGAUCCUCAUAAGAGCCACCUACAGCAAUGGGAUGAAUGCCAUCUACAGACUAAGAAGCGUUAGCAUUGAAGCUGCUGACCACACUUCAACGGGGAGAAAGGUGGCAUCUGCAGUGGAGUUAUGUGACUGUCCCCCGGGCUAUGAUGGUACCUCGUGUGAGUCUUGCUGGCCUCGACACAGGCGUGUGAAUGGCACAAUUUUUGGUGGAGUCUGUGCACCAUGUAGAUGCUUUGGUCAUGCAGAAUGGUGUGAUGAUAUCACAGGAGAAUGCCUGGACUGCAAACACAACACAGGUGGUUCAUAUUGUGAUAGAUGUCUCCCUGGCUUCUAUGGUGAUCCUACUAAAGGGACAGCUGAAGACUGUCAGUUGUGUGCCUGCCCCCUAAGUGUACCUUCUAACAAGUGUGCAGAAGGCUAUUUUGGACAACCUCUAAUACCAGGAGGAUCGUGCCAGCCGUGCCAGUGUAAUGACAAUCUUGACUUCUCCAUUCCUGGCAGCUGUGACAGCUUGUCUGGUGCUUGCCUGAGAUGUAAGCCAGGUACAACAGGCCAAUAUUGUGAGAGGUGUGCUGAUGGAUAUUUUGGCGAUGCUCUUGAUGCAAGGAACUGUCAACCCUGUCACUGUCACAUCAAUGGCUCCUUCUCAGAGAUCUGUGACUCUCGGACGGGCCAGUGCGAGUGUAAAGCCAAUGUGAUCGGCCGCCGGUGCGACGUCUGCAAGCCCAGCUACUUCUGGGCCUCAGAAAAGCUGUUUUGUAUACCCUGUGGCUGCAAUGCUUUAGGAUCCAUGUCACUGCAAUGUGAUAUGUCAGGAAGAUGUAUCUGCAAAUCGGGAUUCAUGGGCAGACACUGUGAAAUCAGCAGACAGGUGCCUAAAUUGAAAGAGAAUGCAGGAAGCAGCCAGCAGAUCCGAGUCCCCGCGCGGAGAUGGGGCACGGGCAGUGCCAGUGGGUGCCCACGGGGUGCUUACCGGCCUGCUACUCUGCCUGGAACAUUUGGCUUACAGUCUUCAAGGGGAUGUGUGCCCUGCAACUGCAACUCCUUUGGUUCCAAGUCCUUCGACUGCGAGGGAGAUGGACAGUGCUAUUGCCAGCCCGGAGUGACGGGAAAGAAGUGUGACCGCUGUGCUCAUGGAUUUUACAACUUUGAAGAAGGAGGCUGUACUCCCUGUGAGUGUUCACGUUUUGGUAAUAACUGCGAUCCCAUCAGUGGCCGCUGUAUCUGCCCUCCCAAUACUGUUGGAGAGAUGUGUGACAAAUGUGCACCAAAUUACUGGGGCCAUGACAUUGUCAGUGGCUGCAAGCCCUGUGACUGCAGCCUUGUUGGAGCCCUAAGUUCUCAGUGUGACCUAAAUACAGGCUGUUGCUUCUGCCGCCCUGAAUUCUCGGGGGAUAAAUGCACUGAGUGCAGGUUGGGUUACUGGAAUUAUCCACAAUGUGUUGCUUGUCAGUGCUUCCUGGCAGGGACUGAUCCACAGAGCUGUGAUACAGAGCUGGAGAAGUGCUCAUGCAUUGAUCACACUGGCCAGUGCAGCUGCAAGGCCAAUGUGGAAGGUGUCCACUGUGACAGGUGUAAGUCUGGUACAUUUGCUCUCUCUGCCAGAAACCCACUUGGCUGCAGCAGUUGCUAUUGCUUUGGCCUCACUACACAGUGCAGUGAGGCGAGGGGGCUGAUUCGCGUGUGGGUGACCUUGAAGCCAGAGCAAAUGAUUCUGCCACUGGUGGAUGAAAACCUUCAGCGCAGCACACUUUCAGGGGUUGCAUUCCAGCCUCCUGAAAUAGUAGCAAAUAUAGAACAGGUGAUGCAGGAUCUUCGGUCAGAACCUGUUUACUGGAGACUUCCAGAGCAGUUUGAGGGACAAAAGCUGACUGCUUAUGGAGGGAAACUGAAAUAUGCAAUCUACUUUGAAGCACGAGAAGAGACAGGUUUUACUACUUACUACCCGCAAGUCAUCAUAAGAGGUGGGCCUCCCACCCAUACACGAAUUAUUGUCCGGCAUAUGGCUGCCCCUCUGAUUGGGCAGCUGACAAGGCAUGAGAUAGACAUGACAGAGCAUGAAUGGGAAUAUUACAGUGAUGACCAAAGAGUCAGAAACACUGUGCGCUGGGAAUAUUAUCAUGAUGACCCAGGUUUCAACAGGACAGUGUCCCAGCCAGAUUUCACCUGGAAACAUUAUGGAGAUGACUCAAGAUCAAGUAGAGUUGUAUCCCGGGAAGACUUCCUGAAUGUGUUGUAUGAUGUUCAUUACAUUCUUAUUAAGGCUACUCAUGGCAAUAUCAUGAGACAGAGCAGGAUUUCUGAGAUCUCAUUGGAAGUUGCUGAAGGUGGCACUGUAUCUCGGAUGACUCCUCAGGCUUACGCGAUUGAGAAAUGUGACUGCCCAUUGGGUUAUUCUGGUUUGUCUUGUGAG